AUGGACGAUCAUUGCUCCGAAGGAUUGAUCUGUUCAAAAUUAAUUGAAUCAAAAGAUGGCUUAUGCAUUUUUAACAGCACUUUAGUUUCUCUUUUGACAAAAAACAAUACGAAAAACAUUACUUCUCUAACCGAUAAACCAGGGAUAAAUUCUAUAGUUGAUGAUGGAGUGAUUAAAAUUAGAACCUCAGCGGAUAUUACACUGGAAACUAUUUUGACACACAAGGGUGAAGGUGAUAUUAAGAACGAAAAAUCAAUCGAGUUUCCUUCAAAUUUUGUAGAAACUACAACAUUAGAAAAAAUAAACACGACAGAUUUUCCAUUGUCUGUAAAAGAUAUCGUUGGCGAAAUAACAAUGGAAUUUCCUUCAUCUUCUACUACAAAUACCGACGAUUUGAGCAGAAUAACAACGAAAGUUUCUCCUACGACGGAAAUUACCACUCUUCCAUCUCUCGUAACAGACAUUACCUCUGAGGACAGAUUAUUAACAUUGCCUGCAUUUCUUGUGAUAAAUGCAACGAAGGAUACAUCAUCGACGAUGUCUCCCUUAUCUCCCGCAACAGAAAUUGCCACUGAAGACUUAUUGUCGUCAUUUCCUUCAACUCUCAUAACAGAAAUUGCCUCUGAGGAGACAUCGCCGAUGUCUGUGACAUCAUUGAGGAUUCCUACAUUUUCUAUAAUAGAAAAUACCACUAAGGAUACAUUAUCAACGUUUCCUUCAUUUCCCGAGACAGAAAUUAUCAAUAAUACAAUAUCUACGACGUUUCUUUCAUCUGACAUGACAGAAAUUAUCACUAAAGAAUUAUCGACUUUUGCAUCUUCUGAAUUAGAAGAUAACAACAAAGAUGAAAUAACGAAAAUUUCUCCUACAACAGAAAUUACCACUCUUCCAUCUCUCGUAACAGAAAUUACCUCUGAGGACAGGUCAUUAAUAUUGCCUCCAUUUCUUACGAUAAAUGCAACGAAGGAUACAUCAUCGACGAUGUCUCCCAUAUCUCCCGCGACAGAAGUUACCAUUGAAGACUUAUUAUCGUCAUUUCCUUCAACUCUCAUAACAGAAAUUGCCUCUGAGGAGACAUCGCCGAUGUCUGUGACAUCAUUGAGGAUUCCUACAUUUUCUAUAAUAGAAAAUACUACUAAGGAUACUUCAUUUCCCGAGACAGAAAUUAUCAAUAAUACAAUAUCUACGACGUUUUUUUCAUCUGACAUGACAGAAAUUAUCACUAAAGAAGAAUUGUCGACUUUCGCAUCUUCUGAACUAGAAGAUAACAACAAAGAUGAAAUAACGAAAGUUUCUCCUACAACCGAAAUUACCACUCUUCCAUCUCUCGUAACAGAAAUUACCUCUGAGGACAGAUCAUUAAUAUUGCCUCCAUUUCUUACGACAAAUGCAACGAAGGAUACAUCAUCGACGAUGUCUCCCUUAUCUCCCACAACAGAAGUUACCACUGAAGAUUUAUUGUCGUCAUUUUCUUCAACUCUCAUAACAGAAAUUGCCUCUGAGGAGACAUCGACAAUAUCUGUGAAAUCAUUGAGGAUCCCUACAUUUUCUGUAAUAGAAAAUACCACUAAGGAUACAUUAUCAACGAUUCCUUCAUUUCCCGAGACAGAAAUUAUCAAUAAUACAAUAUCUACGACGUUUCUUUCAUCUGACAUGACAGAAAUUAUCACUAAAGAAGAAUUAUCGACUUUUGCAUCUUCCGAAUUAGAAGAUAGCAAUAAGGAUGAAAUAACGGACUUCUCGUCCUUCGUGACUGAAAAUAGCACUGUAAACAAAACCACAAAUGAAUUUGUUUUCACCGUUAUGGCUGAAAAUGACAAUAUAAGUGAAACCAAAGAAGAAGUUUCUACGAUUUCAAACACCCAUGAAUUAAGCGCAACGACUGACUUACCCGAAAAAAAUGUUUCUGAGAUCGAAAGCAGUUCAAAGAAGCAUUUCGAAAUCGUCGGCGUGGGAAGCUCGUAUUUAUCAGCUUUAAUUAAUUCAUCAACAACUGGUUUACAAAACACGACGACCUUUACAAGCUAUUUAUCGUCGCAAUCACAUUGUAAAUUUAACAAUUGGUGUAACAAUGGCUGGGAAUUCUUCCGGGGUCGGUGCUACGCUCAGUAUCCAUUUUGGAUUGGUCUUUCGAAUGAUGGUAACGGAUGGAAAUGGCCAGAUAAUACAAAAUUAAGGUAUCAAUUAUGGGGUAAGAAUGAACCGAACAUAAUGUACUCGUGUGUAUUUGCGGAGACCGAAAAAAAUGGAAAAUAUUGGUAUACAAAUGAUUGCAAUCGUACAAUCACUCACAAUGAUAUUGUUGGUUAUGUAUGUCAGCAAUAA